AGCAAUUGAUUAUACACACGGAAAAUCAUAAAUCAGAUGACUAAUGGAAUUACAAAACCAAUGAUGCAGGAAAAUUCCUCUCAAGGUCCCAAAGUAACGAGACUUUUUGAAGAAGAAAGAAACCCGCGUGGGCUAUCACUGAUCAAUCGGUCGUAAAGUCAAUCCCGUGUGGAGCCAGAUGUAGACUCUCUAGCCAAUCAAAGGACAUUAACAAUUUAGCAUCCAAAGCAGAAUAUGCUGCCUGAGUCAAGCCCACACCGUGUGAAGCCAAAGCUGGAAAGACUUUUACGCGUAAAGUAACUAAGCAAUUCCCUUUUGGCAAUUCACUUCCCCUGAGCUAUCCAUCCUGUAUUCCAAUAGCAUUUUGUUGCCAGAGUGAGUGAGUGAGAAAGAGAGACAGAGAGAGAGAGAGAGAGAAGAGAGGGAAUGGCGGACAUACUUCUAUCUGCCCUGGUGAGCUCUAUGGUGGGUAACUUGAAUACUUCAGCACUUCAAGAAUUCGGAGUUGCUUUGGACCUAAGAGCUGAGCUUGACAACCUUGAGAGCACACUUUCCACCAUCCAAGCUGUUCUGCAAGAUGCAGAGGAGAAGCAGUGGAAGAGUGAGGCUAUCAGGAAUUGGCUGAGAAAGCUCAAAGAAGGAGCUUAUGAUGCAGAUGAUAUUCUGGACGAGUUUGCAACUGAAGCUCUAAUACAAAAGACGGAGAAAGAGAAAGGUGUGAAAAGCCAAGUAAGUAGCUUCUUUUCUCUUCAAAACCGACUUAUAUUUCGCAUGAAGAUGGCACAUAAACUGAAGAAUGUGAGGGAUAGACUAGAAGCCAUUUCUAUGGAGAGAUCUAAGUUUCACUUGAGAGAGUUAGAUAUAAACAUGGAAGUCUUUGAUAUAGAAAGAAGACAAACUGGCUCACUUGUGAAUGAAAGUGAGAUUUAUGGAAGAGGUGAAGAGAAAGAAAAAAUCAUUCAAGUAUUGCUCACUCAUGUGUCUGAUCAAGAUAAUCUUGCCAUUUAUGCCGUAUGGGGCAUGGGGGGCUUAGGAAAAACAACACUUGCACAAUUGAUCUACAAUGAUGCAAGGGUACAGAGGCAUUAUGAUAUGAGAAUUUGGGUGUGUGUAUCAGAUGAUUUCCAUAUAAGAAAAUUGGUGAGAGCAAUCAUUGAAUCCAUUGAUGGUAGUGCAUGUAAUCUUUCAGAGUUGGACCCUUUACAGCAAUGCUUGCAGGAAAAAUUGCGUGGGAGGAAAUUUUUGCUUGUUUUGGACGAUGUUUGGAACGAAUACCAUGACAAAUGGAAUGGCUUAAAAGAGGUGUUGAGGUGUGGGUCAAACGGAAGUAAGGUUAUAGUGACAACCCGGAUUGAGAAUGUAGCGCUUAUGAUGGCCACACUACCUAUACACCACAUGGGAUGUUUGUCAGAGAAUGAUUCUUGGUCCUUGUUUACAAGAUGUGCAUUUGGGAUGGGAAGGCUAAAGGAGAGAUCAAAAUUGGAAUCAAUCGGCAAGGAAAUAGUGAAGAAGUGUGGAGGGGUACCUCUAGCAAUAAAGACUCUUGGAAGCCUCAUGAGCUUAAAAAGUAGGGAAAGUGAGUGGCUAUCUGUGAAAGAAAGUCAAAUUUGGGAAUUACCAGAAGGUGAAAAUUCCAUCUUGCCUGCGCUAAGGUUGAGUUACCACCAUUUACCCCCACAUCUAAAGCAAUGUUUUGCUUUCUGCUGUAUAUUCCCCAAAGAUCACAAGCUUAAUAGGGAUAGGUUGAUACAAUUAUGGAUGGCUAAUGGUUUUAUUCCCUUUAAAGAAUCACUGGAGCUGCAUGACGUUGGCAUUAUUAUCUUCAAUGAAUUAGUGUGGAGAUCUUUCUUUCAAGAUGUUGUGGAGGAUUCUCCUAGUAACAUAACAUGUCAAAUGCAUGAUCUUAUGCAUGACCUUGCUCAGUCUAUUAUGAGGCUUGAAUGCGUUGUGGUGGAAUCUGGUAAAGGGGUGAAAGUUCCAAAAAUGAUUCGUCACAUGUCUUAUACUCAAGGCACUUCUUGGAAUGAUCAUGUAUGCAAAGUCCAAUCUCUACGUUCAUGCAUUGUGUCACCAAAUUAUUAUGGUAAGUAUAAAGCUUCUCCAUCCAUUUUUUGAAACAAAAGUAUCUUCGGGUGUGCGACUCUCCUCAUCAACCAUCAGAAAAGGCACUAAGAUCAAUCACUAGUUUAAAACACUUGAGGUAUCUCGACAUGUCUUCUUCCCAAUUCAAAGUUUUACCCGAAUCAAUAACUCGCCUCUUGAACCUGCAAACGCUGAAACUAGAUUAUUGUUAUUCUCUUCAUAAGUUGCCCAAUGGUAUGAGGGACAUGAAAAACCUUAUCCAUCUUGGGCUUAGAUAUUGUAAUUCUCUUUCUUGUAUGCCUGAAGGGAUGGGACAACUAACGUGCCUCCAAUCAUUAAGCAUCUUCAUCGUUGGCAAGGAAAAUGGUUACCAAUUAAGUGAGCUGAAAGGACUACACCUUCGAAAUGAUUUGUCAAUAAAGGAACUUGAUAAUGUAAGAAAUUUUGAGGAGGCGAAAGAUGCAAAUUUGAUUGGGAAACAAAAUCUUCAUACGCUAAGUCUGGUU